GACAGUACACACUUGCCAGUGACGAAGAGGAAGUGGGCUGAAAGUGUUUCAAAACUGUUCUGAUGUUGUGAGCUGCGAGAAAAGGAGAGUCACCAGUGCAUAAUGGAGACUAUGUUUAAUUGCAGUGUGGUGCGGAACACAUCUGAAAUGGGCCUUGUUAUUUUCCAGCGUGUGGCCUACACAUCUGUGUUUAUUUUAGGCCUCAUCAUGAAUACCUCAGCCUUGUGGUACUUCAGACGCAUCCCCCAGUGGACAGACAUUCGCAUCUACAUGCUUAACCUCCUGCUGGCAGACCUCUUACUGACCCUUUUCCUGCCCUUCCGCAUAAUCGAGACCUACUGCCCGAUGAAACAGACACACUUCUGCACAUUACUUAUAUGUGUGCAUUACCUAAACAUGUAUGUUAGCAUCUUCACCAUCACAGCCAUCAGCAUCCAUCGUUACAUGGCCAUCAGGUUCCCCAUGCAGAACAAAACCUCACGUGCCUCAGAGGCCAGGAGAAAGAAGAUAACGGGUGGGAUAUGUGCUUUCAUCUGGCUUGUACUCAUAACACUCACCAUAAGUUUCAGUCAAAAUAUGGCUCCAAAAGUGUUAAAGACAUGCUAUGAGCGCAAUGGACAAAAGCAGAUGAGCAUUGAGUUCUUGUUAGUUUUGGAGGUUCUUGGGUAUCUUCUGCCAAUAUUCACCGUCACAACCUGUUCAACACAAGCAAUCUGGACACUGCUAAGGUCAUUUAAGGACAUCAGUCAGUGCUCAGAGAAGGAAAUUAUCGACCAAAGGAAGAGCGUUGUGGCUAUAAUCACAGCAAACAUGAUUGUUUUCAUUGUGUGCUUUACCCCAGUCCACGUUGGUUAUUUGCUGAGAUAUAUUUUUAAAGAAAGCUCUGAAUCAGUUCAUAUCUUUUAUGAUGUCGCUGAGUGGUUAGCAACGACAAAUUGCUGCCUGGAUUCUGUGGGUUAUUACUUCUUGUUGAAAAAGGUUUUUAGAGGCAAGAGAUGACAUGUGAACCUACCUUAAUAAUAAUAAUAAUAAUAAUAAUAAUAAUAAUAAUAAUAAUAAUAAUAAUAAUAAUGUGUUCCAUUUAUAUAGUACUGUAGCCCAGCGUACUAAAAGGUAUAGGCAGAAAAUAAAUAAAUUUUAAAAGUAAUAAAUAAUUUGUUAAAUGCUGUUAAAAGCAAUUAAAAGAUUUUAAGUUCAUAUACGGUGUUUAUUUAAAAAGUUAUAAUACAUUUACAAAGUAAAAUAAUUCUAAAAGGAGUUGAUAAUGAAAUGUUUGUCAUGUGUUAAUAAAGUUAAUUGAAAUUCAAAUAGCUUGCUUGUAGUACACAGGUUAAAACGUGCUCAGUUACUACCUAACCUCCAUGUCAAACUGUCUAUCUUGCUAAUUCUUUAAUUGUAUUGGAUGUGAUUAAAGUAGGAGCCUAAUCA